GGUUCGGCAAAUAAAAACAUAACCUAUAAAGCACCAGUUCAUCAUCAAUAAUAGAAAAUACAUAAAGUUAAAAUUGUUUUUCCGGCAAUAUUUUUAUAUAAAAAAGUUUUUAUAAUACUUUAAUAUCUAACUAGAAUUUUCGAUUUAUCAUUUUUUUAAGGGGAAAAUGUUCAAAAAAUUUGAUGAAAAAGAUAGUGUUUCUGGAGUACAACAGCUAAAAUCUUCUGUUCAGAAAGGAAUUCGAUCCAAAUUAUUGGAACUCUAUCCUCAUUUAGAAGGUUUCUCGGAUCAAAUUAUUCCCAAGAAGGACUCAUUCAGAAUUGUAAAAUGUCAUGAUCAUAUAGAAAUAAUGGUAAAUGGUUCAGGAGAAUUGUUAUUUUUCCGUCAACGAGAAGGUCCUUGGUUACCAACUUUAAGACUCUUGCACAAAUAUCCUUUCUUUCUUCCAAAGCAACAAGUGGACAAGGGAGCAAUUCGCUUUGUUCUCAGUGGAGCAAACAUUAUGUGUCCUGGUCUAACUUCAAAAGGUGCACAAAUGACACCAGUUCCAAAAGGAACGGUGGUUGCAGUAAUGGCUGAGGGCAAACAGCAUGCUCUUGCUGUUGGAAUUACCACAUUAUCAACUGAAGACAUAGCCAAAGUUAAUAAAGGAGUAGGCGUCGAAAAUUGUCACUAUCUAAACGAUGGACUUUGGCAAAUGAAGGCUGUGAAGUAAAUGAAUUUGUACUACCGAAAAUUUCAGAAGAUUAAUAAAAUUUUUUUAUUUUGAAAUUGUA